GCUCGUGCCGCAAUCCACGUAUACACACGGUACGACGGCGUGGGGCGCGCAACACAACAGAACAAUUACGGCCCAUAUUAUUCCGUCGGCACACGCCUCCGUCCAUCGAUCCUCGUCGUACAGCUACUCCUGUCCGUUCAUCAGCGCGUGUCGGAGACCUCUUCGCCGGCAGGCCGUCCAUCCUACAUUUCUCACGUCGUCCCGAUCACCGCCAUCGCUGUAGCGGCAUUCGUUCUAACAUUUCGCCGGCCUCCCGGAACCAGGUUAUCAUCGCCGCUGCAAUCGAUUCGCACACGUCGUAGGACAUCAUUUUUGUCUCCUUUCAUCCAACUCGGCUGCCCUGGUGACGUUACGAUUGUCAAGCAGCAGCAGCAGCGCAAUGAGCGCCAUCGCAAUCAACGUAGCAACCACUACGGCCAUAGCAGUAGACACGACCACUGCCGUCAAAUAGCAUUGUGUGUGCUUACUGCCGCUUGAGAACACGUGGAAAUUAAAAAAAUAAAAAUUGACAUCAUACUUCUACCAAAACAAUAAUAUACAGUACUUCAAUACUACUUCUGUUACUAUUGGAAUAGAAACUAACUCUAUCAAGUUACUUAUCAUAGUGAUAUCAUUAAAUUGAGUUACAGAAUUUUCCUUACUAUCCAUCAUCAAAUAAUAUUUGGAGCUUGUGUCUAUAGUACAAUGAUUCCAUUGUCUUCAUCAGCAUCCCAGAGGAAAUCUAGCGUUGCUGCUAAAAUGACAAGCAGUAAUUCUUCUGGUGCAACUUCGGCUGCUAGCCUCAUAGCUAAAAUCAAAGGAGCAUUGCGCUCAGUUGUGUCAGAUUCAAAUGCCCGCAACCUUAUGGGCUUUCUGGUAUUAAACUUUUUGUUUGCUUUCGUUGAACUCGCUUAUGGCAUGUGGACCAACAGCCUAGGACUUAUAUCAGACUCGUUUCAUAUGUUCUUUGAUUGCACUGGUCUAGUUGCUGGGCUUGCUGCUCAAGUUGUGAGCCGGUGGCCAGCUGAUGACUCAUUUGCGUACGGUUACAAGCGCGCUGAGGUGCUGGCUGGAUUUGUCAAUGCAUUGUUCUUAUUGUUCAUCGCCUUUUUCAUACUGACAGAAGCUGUCGAACGGGCCAUUGAACCUCCCGAGGUACAUCACAACCGACUGUUAGUGGUCAGCAUACUGGGGCUGCUGGUCAAUCUUGUCGGCAUAUAUGUCUUUCAGCACGGUGGUAGCCACGGACAUAGUCAUGGUGGCAGCCAUGGACAUAGUCAUGGUGGUGGUGGUGGACACGGUCACAGUCACGGCAGUUCUAGUAUCCAUGGGCACAGCCAUGACGACGGACAUCACCAUUCAACUGAGGACCCAUACCACAAGUUUAGUCAAGUGUCCAUAUCUAUGGGAAGCAGCGGCCACCAGCAAAACAGCACAUCGAUGGCACCACCGGUGCCAAUCACCGGCCACAACCAUCAGAACCACUUAAUGAAAGGUGUGUUGCUCCACAUUCUUGCUGAUACCCUGGGCAGUGUGGGCGUCGUCAUCUCGGCACUGUUAAUGCGUGCAUUCGGAUGGAUGCGCGCGGACCCGGUGUGCUCGAUAUUCAUCGCCGUUCUGGUGGCUGCCUCUGUUUGGGGAUUACUUCGUGACUCGGCUCGCAUUUUAAUGAUGCGCACUCCCAUCGAGCUGGACGACGAGCAGCGUGUACUGGAUGCCUGUUACGGCAUGUUGCACCGAUACCACCCGGCCGUGAUGGGCGUCCAAGAACCGCGAUUCUGGACGCUGUGCGCAGAUACUUACGCGGGCAGCAUUAAGAUCGAAGUGCGGUCAGCACUGGCCAGUGUAUCUGCUGGUGGCGUGCCCAAUUCCGUGAUGGCCAACGAUUAUGCCUCUUCGAUGUCACCAAUUUCACCAUUAUACGCCUUCAAUUCGCAGGACUCUCAAUAUGCAGCAAAGGUGUUGCAUGACCGUGACCAAUUCACCAGAGGUCUAGUGCGGUACGCGGAACAAGUUUUUGGUGCCGUAGGAGUACGGCACCUUUAUGUUCAGAUUGACUACACGGCCGAAGACGCACUCAGCGGUGUUAAUGGUCUGCUGAACCACAAUGCACAUCACCAUGUCAACGACGUGCAACAACAGAAUCCCUAUACAACCACCACUAGCAGCUUACUAGAUCAUCCACAGCAGCAGCAGCAGCAGCAGCAACAACAACUAUUCCAGACAUACAACAAUCAGUCUCAGCAACAGCAACAACCACAAUACACCAAUCCAUUGCUCAUGAUGUAGUACCAGUAGAAAUGUCGAAACAGAAACGUUGAAGAAAGCAACUACUGACAGCUAUAUUUAUGAUAUGGUGCAAACAAACAAAUUCUACCUAUUUUAUUAUUACAUUAAACGUUAAUUAUUCAAAUAAUUAUUAAACGCAUUCCGUUAUCAUGUAUAUAUAAUAUACUGUAUCCAAAAUAAACAAGACUUUUUGUUUGUA